AUGGUUAAAAGUGGUUAGUGCCAUGUAAAAUACUUCCGGAUUAAACUGUGACAGAUUUUUAAUGUGACAUUUAUCCUCCCACCAAUUCCCCGCGAAAUGCGCCAGACUUCCACGUGAGGGAGGCGCAAAACGGCAUCUUGACCCAUUUUCCCUCUUUCUCUCUCCUCCUCAGUUUGAAAUAUGAAACCUGGUCCAUUUCAGCCAACUUUGUCCCCCGGGCUCCCAGUUCCUCCGGCGCCAAUGCUGCUCUGCAUUACCAGCUUCUUUUGGCUUUUUCAGACCCGAUUUCCUUCAUUUUAUCAACUUCUUCCACUUGGAACUGUUUAUGCCAAGUUUUUUUAAACUUUAAUUUUUCCUCUGCAACCCGCAUGGGAAUUUUAACAUAUCCGCUUUUUCCUAAUCAGUCCGUUUAAGAGAAAGUUUUCCUUUUUGACCGGGAUGCUGGUGGUCCUGUGAAUUGAGCUUCAGACAAGAGAGCCGGGAACGCAUCGCCUGUAUCCUCUCUUUGUCUUUGUGCAUCGUUGCCUCUUUAUGUAGAACUGUCUCUGGGAUGCAAGGAGACUGUGAAGCACCCUCCCUUUCUUUUUUUUAUUUUACACACAAAGGAAUUAACUUUUUCACCUCUAAGGACCAACAAUGACGAGAUUUUUGUCGAACAUGCGUGUUGUCCUGGUUUUAUUCGGAUUAGUUCUGCUCUCUUCUCCAUCCACAAGAGCCGAGCCGGAGGUGCAAGACGAGGAGGAAGAGGAAAGUUCCUGCCAGGGCGCUUUUGACCUGUAUUUUGUUCUUGAUAAGUCUGGCAGUGUAAAGAACCACUGGGACGAAAUCUACUACUUUGUGGAGAAUUUAGCAGAGAAAUUUAAAAGUCCUAUGCUGAGGAUGUCCUUCAUUACGUUCUCCUCCAGAGCAUCCACCAUCAUGAAGCUAACAGAAAACAGGGUGAACAUUAAAAAGGGACUGAACGCUUUGAAAAGAGAGAUUCCUGGUGGAGACACGUUCAUGCACCUUGGAUUGCAAAGAGCGAAUGAGCAGAUUAACCAAGAGAAUUUUGGCACAGCCAGCGUGAUUAUUGCACUGACAGAUGGAGAGCUGCAGGAACAUCAGCUCAUCACUGCACAGCAAGAGGCAGAGAGAGCCAGGUCUCUUGGAGCUAUCGUGUACUGUGUUGGUGUGAAGGACUUCAAUGAGACACAGCUGGCCACCAUUGCAGACACCAUCGAGCACGUGUUUCCUGUGUUAGGCGGCUUCCAUGCUCUCCGAGGAGUCAUUGAUUCGAUCAUCAAGAAAUCCUGCAUUGAAAUAUUAGCAGCGGAGCCUUCCAGUGUGUGUGCAGGAGAGUCUUUCCAAGUGGUGGUGAGAGGAAACGGUUUCCUCCAUGCCAGAAACAUCAACCAGGUGCUAUGCAGCUUCAAAAUCAACGAUACUAUCACGAUCAAUGAGAAGCCAGCUGAUGUAAAGGACACAUUCUUACUGUGUCCAGCUCCGGUCAUUGAUGAAAUUGGGAAGGUGAUCUACCUCCAGGUGAGCAUGAACGAUGGCCUGUCCUUCAUCAGCAGCAAUGUGCACAUCACUACUACAGAGUGUUUUGAUGGCACCAUCCUCCUGAUCACCCUGCUGGUGUUGUUCCUCCUGCUGGCUAUGCUCUUCAUGUGGUGGUUCUGGCCUCUCUGCUGCACUGUGGUGAUCAAAGAACCUCCUCCUCCACCUCCUCCUGAGCCUGAGUCAGAUGAUGAAGACGGCCUGCCCAAGAAGAAGUGGCCCACUGUGGAUGCUUCUUAUUACGGAGGAAGAGGGAUCGGAGGGAUCAAGAGGAUGGAGGUGCGUUGGGGAGGAAAGGGCUCCACAGAGGAGGGAGCUAAACUGGAGAAGCCAAAGAACGCUGUGGUGAAAAUGCCGGAGCAGGAGUAUGAGCCCUUCGAGCCCAAACCGAAGAAAUCUCACAACAAGAAGGCGCCUCAGAACCGGAAGUGGUACUCACCCAUCCGGGGUAAACUGGAUGCUAUCUUUGCUCUGUUUCGCCGCGGGUAUGACCAGGUCUCCCUGAUGAGACCCCAGCCCGGUGAUCAUGGUCGAUGCAUCAACUUCACCAGAGUCAAAGAUGAGUCAGCGGCAGCUAAGGCCAAACCCCGCACCCCGAUCCACACCCCGAUCCACACACCUUCACCCCCACCGCCGGACUACCCCUCCGUUAUGUGCACACCCCCCUCGUCUCCCACCUCCCCCAGCCCUCCCGCCAGAUCAUCCCCGACAGGACAGCUACCACCAGGACCACCACCAGCCCGAACACCCCCAGGGCUGCCCUGUCCACCACCAUCACGUCCCCCACCCACCCUACGACCCUGAAUCGUACGAACAAACCCCUCUAACCCCCCAACUCCCCUGCUUUGAUGUCACAGACUUGUUGCUCAGACCGGUUCUUUCGGUUUGAAAGUUCCCUGUUGUCACUGUCAAAGAAAGUCCUGUUAUAAGCCAAAGACCAGCAGUAUUUGAAUCCCAGUCAUUCAGAUGUUCUCCUCUUAUUUCUUGUUUCUUGUUUUUGGGGAAUGUCGAGUCAAACUGUAAAUGUGAAGAUUUUGUUGUUUCAACAUGCUACCACCUAGCAUGCAAAAUUCUAGCGAGGGGGUGGGUAGAAAUACUAGAAAAAAAAACACCUAGAAAUGUGUCUUUUUUUCAGAAUUGAGUGCAAGUUGAAGAGGAUGAUUUACCAAAUGGUUAAAUUAUUGCUUAUAAGUAACAAAAACUAUCUAAAGAAGCAGUUUUACUCCACAUUCAGACCUAACAGACAGGAAACAGGGUGACUGAAUUCUUUACUUAGUGUUGGCAUUGUAAGAUCAGAGAGGAUUGUUGCUGGACAGCAAAGCAUGUAGGGACAUGAAGUCCCCAGAAUCAUAGUGGAUGCAAAUUGGAUGAAAUUUCUCUGUUGUCUUAAUCAACUACUGAGAUAGGCCAAUGUUGACAAGAGUUAAGUUGAAAAGAAGGUAUUAAGGGAAAUGUUUGAGUUAAAACUUUAAACAACUUUGAGAUUGACUUAUUACUUCAAUGCUGUGAGGGUGAAUCAGAGAUUUACAAUCGCCAAAUGUCCAGUUACCUAUGAAAGCCUUCAAUAAGGUGUCAUUUUGGACAUUAUUACUAGUCUCAGUGCCAAAAUGUUUUUUCUUCACUUUUUUUGUGAUGUCUCUUUGAUCCAGAAACCAAUUCAAGUGUUUGAAUACAGCACAAAAAGUUGAAUUAAUCUGUAGUCCAGUGUUGGUACCAUUGAGUGACAGGGCAGUGUACAGAUGUUUUAUAGAAAGGAUGUUCACGAGAUGUGUUUAAGAUUUUUGAAUGUUACAGUGGUUGAUAUCUUUGAGGCUUUGGAUAUUGUCCUUAAAUAUUUUCAUGUAGUCAAAUUUAGGAUACAGCAAUAUAUAUUUUUGUUUUUUUUAUUUUUUAGUAUCUGCGCACAUAGACUGCUGGCCAACUACAGUAUGUAUGUUUUUGUUUUUGUUGGCAUUUGAACAUUUAAAGUGUUGAAAUUGAGCAAUCAGAAAUCAGGUUCAUGUCUCAUCUAAGACCUUUAUACUCAAUCUUAUACUGAUACUGUACUUUGAUGCCAAUAUGUGUUUUAUGUCUUCAGCUUUAUCAUCACCGGUCACAUUGCAACUGCAGGGCAGUUCAAAGAGCAUCUAAUUUAUUUUACUCCCCGAGAGAAUAAAGGAGAGUACUUGAAUAUCGACAAGGUGUCCAACCACAAAGACGGACACUGUGCACAGAAUUUAGAGACAACAGCUAGCAUACAAAGCCACCAGCUUUUUUACAAACCAUCCCUGCUCCACUUAGUCACAUUUAAAGUUGUGUGUAUAAAAAAACAACAACUCUAAAUUGCAAAUUUUGGUGUGCAUGUUGCUCUCCACAGCUUUGCACCAGCAGCUGAAUAGAUGCUGACAGCUACAUCUACAAAUCAGCAUCAACUGAGAAAAAGAAGUAUGAGAUUUUUCUUCAACGUGUUGAAAUUGAGUUUAAAAGGAUGCUGGUAUUCUUUUUUUAUCCUUUGCCUUUUGUUUUUUUUUCUUGUUCAAUUUUUUUUAUGCUUUUAUUUUGAAGUGUGUCAUCCAGCUGUGUUAUGUACCAUUGUGUUAGUUCAUGCAUUCACAUCAUCUCAGUGCCUUAAAGCUGAGCUAAAUAAAGGUGCAUAUGGUGCUUCCCUCAUGUGGCCAACAAUCCACGUUAACUUUUGAUAGAACUCAUAAUGUCUUUAAAUAUGACGACAUUCAUACAUCCCCAAAUAACUGAUGAGUUAAGAAAAGGAAACGUUUUUGAAUUGUGGAGAAGUACCUGUUUGUUUCAUUACCUUUUAUAGGAUGAAUCUUCAGAAAACUGUUGACAUUUCUUAAAGGUACAGUGUGUAGAAAUGGGAAUAUUGAGCAAUUUUUAGCCAACAGAUUCAACAUUGAAAUGCUCCCUUGCUCACCCCUCCUGAUGUUGGCCUUGGAAGAGCAGAAGCUGCUGUGAUGCAUAACAAGUAUGAUCUUCAAUUUGUACAGUUUUUACCCUCAAAAACUGUUAUAUAUUCAGGUGACUGGACCCUAAUUUAAACAUACCUGAGAAUAGUAAAUUAUAUUUCUAACUAGUCUGUCCUGCUAAAUGCCACCAAAUUAUACACGCUGUACCUUUAAUGAGACAAUUUUGAAUCAGAUAAUUCAAUUUGGUGCGCUUCAUUUUUUUUUUAUAUACACAAACACAUUCAAAGUAAAAGCUUGCCUUGUAAUGAAAAGUCUUAUUACUUUGGACUCAGCAGUUCUCAAGUCCUUGUUAAAUCUCUGAUCAGAACAAACAGAUGUGGUUGUGAAAUGUUUCACUUAUUACAGCUCACAAACUGUUCAACUUUGAAAGGUUUAGAAGAACUCUUUGACCGACUGAUGGGGUUCAGAUUUUUACAGUGCUGAUGUAUGUGUGUAUUAACCAACAGAGAUUUUCAGAAUAAAAACAGCAUCAAUGCAGACUGAUUACGAUACUGAAGCUGUCAGAUGAGAUACAUUAUGUUAAUCAGUGUUUUUACAUUUUUAUACAGCAGUGCUGACGCAAACACAAAAGACUAUAUGAUUUUCACUUGUUGGUUGACAUUUUUAUAACAGUAUCAAUAAAGAUUGACUUCCAAGCUUCUGACAAAGA